AUGCGAGGCAUCCCAGAAGGUACUGAUGACCGUCUCUCAAAUCCGCCCAGUGAAAUGGAUGAGAGAAUGCCUGAAGUCAAUCAAACCAUAAAAGAAACCACCGCGCCCGCCACGCAGGAUGCUGUUGUUGCAUGCAGCGACGACUCUUGUGAGGCGGCCGCCCAACAAAAAGAGAUAGAUCUAGACGGAAAUGGUUCACAACAGCAAGUUGUGGGGCACAAAGAGAUGGAUCUAAUAAAAGAGCCGAGUUCACAACAGGAGGUUGCAGACGAAGACGAAGAUCUACCAGAUGAGGAGAGUCGAUCCAGUGUGGUUUCGCGAGCAAUGGCUGUUCCAGCUGGUUCGGAGACAACACUAACUUCUGCCCUGGAGGAUCGAACUGCGCCGAUUGAAGUAACCACUGCCUUGGCAGUGGAGACACCGCUGGAGAACCAGAGGACCUCACCACCACCGUCUAGUGAGGUAACUGCAGCCCAGCAGAAUGCUGAGCAGACCCGAGUGCCUAAGGAUGCGAAGGAAGCUUGUAGCACGGCUGCCGAGAAAGAAACUGAAAACACCGUCGACAACACCGCCAAGGCACACCACUCCACGCCUGCCCCCCCAAGCCCAAAACUAAGAGUGGCAAAACAAAACCCCCCCGCUCCCCGCAAAGAGCACAGAACAGACAUCACCCAAGAUAUAGACGACUUCCUCAAAGAAUUGUCCCUAAACGACACUACUGCAAACGACAUCAUAUCCCAACUUAACAACGAAGAAAACAAAGAUAUCAAAGACAAACCUAUUUAUCUAAUAACCUCCCUAGCAGGCGGCGGCUUCCACAUGCCGUCCAGAACUAACCGCCUGGCCACCAUUCUAACUGCUAACCAAAUCGUCUUCCAAUACCGCGACUGCGGCAGCGACGACGACGCCAGACACUGGUGGAAAAAACAAGCAAAGGGCAGAACCCUCCCUGCCAUCAUGGUGGGCAAUUCCAUAGUAGGAAAUUGGCAAGAAAUUGAAGAAGCUAAUGAAGAAUGGAGAGUGCGUGGUAUCUGUGGCCUAGAAUAA